CAGCACGAGGAGGCUGGGCGUCUGGGGCGCCACAUUCCGCUUCCCCGCCGUGGACCUCCCCAAGCUUGACUACGGAUGCAUGGCAGCGGGUCCUGCUAGUGCAGCCGGUGACUGGUCUCCCUUCCCUCCUCCUCGGUCUCCGGGUGCGCCCCCGUUUACGUCCCCCGGAUCCCGGAUUCCUCCGCUUGAGUGCGCGUCUAUUCGGAGGCGCGUGGUAGUGAUGGCGGCGCUCAGUGAGGCUUUCCUGUCACUGGAUACUACUACUCCCAGCCCGCCUCGGAGCCGCCCGAGCCACCCCUCCAGUCUUUAGUUUACGAGUGGCAAUUUGACUUGCUCUGCUGCAUGUCUGGAGGCACCGAGGAAAGCGUGGAGACGCCCCGGGGAUUCGGGAAUCGCAGCUUGGAAAGCCAGCCAGCCAAACAAAUAAACAAAACCCACCCACCCUAACAAAUAUGAGGCUGCUGGAGAGGGCGAGGAAAGAAUGGUUCAUGGUCGGCAUAGUGGUGGCGAUCGGCGCCGCUAAGCUGGAGCCGUCGGUCGGAGUGAACGGGGGACCACUGAAGCCAGAGAUAACUGUGUCCUACAUUGCUGUCGCUACGAUCUUCUUUAACAGUGGACUGUCGUUAAAAACAGAGGAGCUGACCAGUGCGCUGGUGCAUUUGAAGCUGCAUCUUUUCAUCCAGACCUUCACACUAGCCUUCUUCCCAGCAACAAUAUGGCUCUUUCUUCAGCUUCUAUCAGUCACGCCCAUCAAUGAAUGGCUUUUAAAAGGUUUGCAGACAGUAGGUUGCAUGCCUCCCCCUGUGUCUUCCGCUGUGAUUUUAACCAAGGCAGUUGGUGGAAAUGAGGCGGCUGCGAUAUUUAAUUCAGCAUUUGGGAGUUUUCUGGGCAUUGUUGUAACACCACUGCUACUGCUGCUUUUUCUUGGCUCGUCCUCUUCUGUGCCUUUUACAUCAAUUUUCUCUCAGCUUUUUAUGACGGUUGUGGUUCCUCUCAUUAUUGGACAGAUCGUCCGCAGAUUCAUCAAGGACUGGCUGGAAAGAAAGAAGCCCCCGUUUGGCGCCGUCAGCAGCAGUGUACUCCUCAUGAUCAUCUACACCACCUUCUGCGACACCUUCUCCAACCCGCAUAUCGACCUGGAUAAAUUCAGCCUGAUCCUCAUACUCUUCAUCAUAGUCUCCGUUCAACUGAGUUUCAUGCUUUUGACCUUCAUCUUUUCAACGCGGAAUUCCAAUGCUGAAGAUAGUGUUUGCAGGCCACGAGCACCUCUCAUUAAUAUCUGUGCCCUUGCUCAUCUACCACCCAGCUCAGAUCCUGCUGGGAAGUGUGCUAGUGCCAACAAUAAAGUCGUGGAUGGUGUCGAGGCAGAAGGGAGUGAAGUUGACAAGGCCGACAGUCUGACCCAGGAGGCGCCGUCCUGAAGACCGUGGUGUAUAUAUGUACAGGGCUGUACACGCAGGCCGUUCUGAACCCUUGUCCAUGUGAAUGUUGCUUUGAUGCCUAUUUUAUUUUUUUACAGAAAAAAAUAUGGUAUACCUGUUUAAGUGCCUUAAAAUGUUUUUGAUACGAUCAUUGUUUUCAAAACAUAUUUUGCUGGUGACUGUCAAGGGUGAACAGUAUUUUGGAUUAAUUUUUUUUUUCUUAAUGCAAAAAAAAGUUGUGGUAAGGGACAAAAAGCUAACAGGUUUUCUUUGUGCUGCCUUUCGGGUACCUCUCUGUAAUAGUUGUUACUGUAGCAUUUGAAAUGAGGUCACGCCAUCCCACAACCAUCCAUUGGGUGACAGGGACAGAUACCCAAGUCUCUUUUGCACACUUUGUCUCACUGUGUGGUUCUUUGUUCCUGCAUCUGUGACACGCUUCUUCCUUAUCCACUCAACAGGGGUCAUAUCACGCCAAGCUGGGAAGCAUAAGGUGCCUCAUUCCUUGGCAUCCUCUUUUCUCCGCAUCCCUUCAAUUAGUCCCCGCCCACUCCGGAAGCUCUUGAGUCCCAUCACAAGGGUGUGGAGAAAUAGCUUAAAUUUAUUAUGAGCCACUUCAAAAGAAGGCCUGAUGUGAGUCCUGAGGUAAACACGGAGUGUGGCGAGGUUCUCAAUCCUAUCAGCAUGCUUUCCCUCUCUUCCACAACCCCUUUGUCUCAUUUCCACACCUGCACCCUCACACACGAACAUCAGUCAGUUGGAGAGUCGCAGCAGUGAACAGUGGGUUGUGUUCACGUUCCACAGCUAGGACCAAGCACUUCCGCUACACACCUCCAGAUUGCUCCUGUUGGCAAGCCGCAGCCUGCCCCACCCUUUCAUCCCGUGCACUGAAGACGUCGGAGACAAUUCAUGAAUGAGAGUGUCCUUCACUUGCUCGACAGGUGUUGGCAACGUCUUCUAAGACAUCAAAUCAUUGCCCUUAGGUGUCAAAGGAAACAUAAGGUCAUGGGUGUGGGCAUAUGUUACAUGUCCACGCUGCCUAGUCAGGUGGAAAGAGGGCCCAGCCCAGGAGGCGCAAGACUGUCCAUUAACCAAGUUCUCAGACAGAACUAGUCCUGGAACUGGGCAUGAGCUUUCAGAGGAGGGUCUGAUUCUGCCUUCAGUGGCCAGAAGACCUGGAGCUGGACCCAAGUGAAAACAAAGCAGUGCACCGGAUGGUGGGAGCGCCUUGCCUGUGUUUCCUUAGUGCUUCAUUGACCUAGCAGAAAAUGGGCAUCAUGGCUCUCACCAAGGCCCUGCUGUGCUAAGCAGCCGCCUUUCUUGUCGGUAGUGGUGGCUGUAGCCCCACAACGAAGCAAUCAUUCCUCUAGAAUUCAGUGCUGGGCCUGUUGGCGGGGCUAGUUUACAUCAUGGUUAGCAUGGUCAGCACCGUGUGCCGGUGUCGGGGCCUCCUAACUCACACCAGAGCUCCACCCCUGUGCCAGGCCUUGCAAAGACCCAUGCUGAACCAGCUGUGGGGACACUGCUGGGAGGAGCUGGCAGUGACUCCGCUUACGUGGAGCAGAAAGGUUUUCAAGUCUGGUCCCUACAGCUUCCUGUCUGUCUGCCAGAGCUGUAGUGAGAACCCUCCCAUGUCAUGUGAACACUGGUGUCCCCUUCAACCUCUCUACCUCUCUAACCCUGCAGUAGGCGUGGCUGUGGGAUAAAGUUCAGCUGAAAAUGCUAGGAGAACAUUUUGUCUUUUGUUUUAAGAUUUUAAAAAUGUGUUUUGUCUUCCAGUAAUCUGCUUUAUAUCCUAAGUUUUUGUGGCUUUAGUAACAUGUCUGUGACUACUUCACUUUUUACACAAAUUGGAUAACACAUUUUUUCCAUGGUGAACAAAAAAUAGAAUCAAAAUUUAUUUUAAUUUGUGCUCGUUAGGAUUUAGUUAGCAGCUGAAAUAUUGUCCUGUGUCUAUGCGCUGUCACUCUCUGUCUGUCCAAAUGGAUUUAUAAAGGAAUACAUUAGAUUAUAUUUAUGUUUACUCAUUCUUCCACCUGGAAUUUUUUUAACAGCUGAAAUUUUAAAGAAUGGUAAUGCAGUCUCUACACGUGUUCCAGGUUUUAAGAUUUUAUGGAUUUUUAAAGUCCUUCCCUUUUCUGUUUUUAACAUCUCUGGUUGACACUCAGUGUCUAUGCUAAAUACCAAAUUUUUUCAAGGAGAUGGCUGAGUAAUGAAGUGGGUUAUUUAUAAUAAGUGGAAAAUAAAGAAAUAAUUCUAUGAUUAAACAAUUCUAUGAUUA